AUGUCUGUUGUUCUCCCCUAUGAUGUACUGUUCUGCACCAGCGAGGACCCGCAUCACCCCGUCUCAGAGCUGGGCGGAUGCACCGGCGAGGUAAAGCCUGGAUUGCGGAUACCUACUGGUUGGCAGAGUGCGCGCCACGGCAAGACACCGCAAACCUUAGUAAUUCGUUUUCACGGCAAUGUGUGGUUGCAACAGCUCCGCAUCCUCUCUCAUGAAGCAAAAAUCGCGACCAAGGUGGAGGUGCGCGUUGCAAAGCUCACUGAAGACGAUGACUGGGACAACCCGCCAUCGUUCCGCAACGUGCGCUUUGUCAAGUUAGGCUCUGUGGACUUCAACAGUAACGAACAAUCGCACUUCAGGUCGAAGGAGCGCAAAACGGUCCACCUCAAAACGGAGGCCUACUUCCUCAAGCUGCUUUUUGAUCGCCCUUUCAUCAAUCCCCACAAUACCGGCCACCAAGUCGGGAUCUACUCCCUCGAGUGCAGCGGGUACCUCAUCGAGCCAAUCCCAUUUCACGCUGAUCGGCCGCCUGAGGUCGAGACACCGUCGCAGCGCAGGAGCUCGGCUCUGUCGCCGACUAAGUGCGCAGGGGCAAAGCAGCAGACAUCUGGCGCGCCUCCGGUCUUAGUUCCACUGGACGAUCAACGCGUGAGGAGGGCGUCGAUUUUGAACGCGACUGGUGACACGCUUAUCCCUCUAGUCUCUUUGACGCCCUCACCAACGACUCACUUGUCCAGCAGCGGCGGGGCCUUCCGCUCUGUCCGUAUUCUCGAGUUUGAGGACUUCUUUCUACGUCGAUCCGAGGAGCUGGUGUCUCUCAAGACGGAGGCGGUGGCGCUCGAGGACUACCACGUCGCCGCCGAGUGCCGCGACAAACUAGCGUUGCUGAACGAGCGAUCCAAGGAUAUUUACGAACUCGAGCAAGAUAAGGUGCAGGCCAUAAUCGACGAAGAGUUCGACGUCGCGCAGCAGGUGAAGGCUCGCAUGAACGCCCUGGUUGAGCAGCUGUUCGCACAGACUUCUUUACCCUCUCCGGCGGCGGCAUCACCACCACCCUCUGAGCGAUGUGACGAUCCGGCCCACGGUGUCGCGAGCCACUCUCGGCACAUUUCCAGCAUUCCCUCCACACGCGUCCCGAUGGCUGGCGCGCCGCACCACAGCGAAGUGCUCGGGGAUGUGGAGUUGACCGAGGGUGACACGAUCGAGGCGGUCGAAGAGACCGGGCACCUGAUCGAUGUGAGCACGCUUGAAUCGCACGAAAAGGCCGUCGCACACGCGAUUCUCUCGUGCGCAGGUAGUAAAGACCUUUCUUCCGUAGCACUCGCGAAUCCUGACUUUGACAUCGAGUUUCUUACCGCCGCUGUUGGCAGAUUCACAGUUGCAUGCUUGUUUUCGCGUCGCUUCCAGCUGCGCGAGGCCGCCCUCACUGUACUUACGGAGAAGAUGGACAUGCUGCAGUCUCCAGCGCCUGUUGUCCAGGAGGCACUACUUCGCUUCCUAGAUUUCAAUGGGUAUGGCCUUCAGGAUACGAUCCCGAACGUGGUGUUCGCGGCGUGCGCUUUUGUUCGAAGGUGUCUUGCCGACACAUCCAAGUGCAUCAGCGCUGCUCUCGCGCCGCUCGUUGCCCUUCUCCCGCGCCUCGUCACCCGAUGCAGCGACAGCAUUCAGCGUAUCCGCGAUGAAGCGCACACCACUCUGGCGCUGUACGUGAAGAACUCUUCCAUCCCGCAUAGCUCUAUUUUAUCUGUCGCACUGAUGGAGCCAACUGACAAGGAGGGACGCAGCCUCCCACUCAGCAAUGCAAAAGCGCAGCUCGCGCGAUUGAGUCUGUUUCAGCUGCUUUUGGAGAACGGUCGCCUACACCUGGACAGCGGCGGCAUCAAUCCCGCGCAGGUGCUCCACAAACUAUUGCUACCCACAGUGAACCACCCCUACUCCGAGGUGCGAGAUGUGGCCGCUUUGAUUCUCGGAAAGCUUGUCGCAGGUCGUCUGCUCAUCUUACGGGACAAGGACCUUGCAAAGGUCACCCACGCAAGUAUUCGCGAGAGCAUCGCCAGUAAGCGUUGA